CUGUGAACUAGAUUCUAAACCACACUGACAGCCUCAGCGUGAACCCCAGGGGGCAUGUUUACUCCUUUUUGUUAGUUGGUUUGUUUUUCUUGGAUCCUUUUUAGUUUCUACCGCUGUCCGGUACUUUCUACUGGGAAUACCCCGUCUGGGAUUUAUAAAGUACUCUCCGAUCAUAUUGCCGUCCACAGCUAUAUGAUGGCAUGGGUACUAACCCCCGUUCACCUGAGCAUGGCGACGGUCUUGGUGGCGGUGGUUCUGGGUGUCGAGAUAGAGAGGCGAGACGACGAAUGCGCUCACCUUAACAACACCACGUUCCGGCAGAGACACCAGCUCCAGGUCCAGUACCUCCUCCUGACCCGGGCCAACGCAGACUGUCCCAGACUCUUCAGCCAAGGGGACCCCGUCAACCACACCCAGCAGGCCACGCCCUUCAACUGCUCCCGGACCACCAAGCUCAUCGUCCAUGGAUACAGGGCGAUGGGCAGUAGGCCGUCCUGGGUGGAGGAGCUAGCCAGGGCCUUGUUGCGAGCGGAGGACUCCAACGUCCUGGUGGUGGACUGGGUGUUUGGCGCCUCCUUCGCCUACAACCUAGUGCUGGAGAACUACAAGGAGGUGGCAGUGCAGGUCUCUACUCUCAUCAACAAGCUGCAGGACCAGGGCUGUAAACUGGAGUCCUUCCACCUGAUCGGGGUGAGUCUUGGGGCGCACGUCGCAGGGUUCAUUGGAACCAUCUUUCAGGGCAAAAUCGGACGAAUUACAGGACUGGAUCCCGCUGGUCCGAUGUUCAAGAAAGCAAACUUGUUUGACCGUCUGGACCCCAGUGAUGCUCUGUUUGUGGAGGCCAUCCACACAGACUCAGACUACUUUGGGAUCUCCAUCCCGGUCGGCCAUGUUGACUUCUUCCUAAACGGGGGGAUGGACCAGGUUGGAUGCACACGCUCUAAUUUCGAUUCAGUUUUGGUGUACUUCCCAGUAUAUGGCUAUGUGAUCUGCGACCACAUGAGGGCGCUGUAUGUCUACAUCAGUGUUCUGAACGGCUCCUGUCCGCUGACGGGGAUCCCGUGCUCCGAUUAUGAAGAAUUCCUGCAGGGCCGCUGUCUGUCCUGCAACGGGCCCUGUCCAACGAUAGGGUUAUUAAAGAACAGCGGCAUCACAACGGCUCCUCUUCCUACAGAACAGAAAUUCUUCCUGCUCACGACCUCCGAACCUCCAUACUGUGCCAACCAAGUUCUCCUGGAGGUCAGAGUGAGGAGGAUGGAGAAGAGGGGUGAGCUGGAGGCCACACUGAGGACAGACAGCCUGACUACCAACCACAAGUUCAUCCUUGAUACAGAGAGUGUAUUGUAUAGAAGGGUCCUGGUUCUUCCUUCACCUCUGUGCGAGGUGGACUCCAUCCAGCUGAAGAGCACCGGGUUCCGGUUCUACCGCCAGGGAGACAUCCAUGUAGAGAGCGUCUGCAUCACCCCCAUACCUGCUGCCAGGCCAGAGGAGGCUAUGUGUGUGAACAACAUCGACGUGCGACGAGGAACGCCGUGGUCACAUGACUACGUGCAGGUGUGUGAGGACUACUGACGGAGCAGUUGCUCACCUGAGUUGCAGAAACCAGCCACAAAUCAACUGCACUGUAACUACCACACACACCUUAAUAACAACACACACACACCUGAACACACAUAUUCACUAUAACCACACAUUCCUGCACUAAAACUUGCAAAAACUCCAGCAUUACAAUCACAAACACCAGCAUUACAACCGGCGCACCCAGUCCACUGAACUAGAGCCAAACACACAUCUGAGCUACAACACAUACAGCUGAACUAUUCCCACACACCUGAAAUAUAACACACAGUAUAAAUAUUAGCUCACUUUAAAGCUCAUUGAUACCACUUCGAUGUCGAUGCUGCUGUGUAGUUAAAUAUAGAAAUACCUUAACAGACCUAUGGGUCAUAAUUUUCUAUAUAUUUGUGUAGUUACAAAUUGUAAUGUCAGUCCUGCUCUGUGUUCAAGUUGUCUGUGUUACAUCUUGAGUGUAUGUUUAAAACAUUAAAAAAGCAGCUCUGAAAAAUGUAAACAAAUGCCCAUCUAUGCUUCCUGUUCUCUAGAACAACACUGCCAUUGCUACAGCCUAUUACUGAGACAUAUUAUAUAAACAGCUUUGAGUUCAAUGAAGAGAAGCAACACAACAUGACAGAGUGAACACACACACACAGGGUUAAACAGUGUCUUCACUGCACACAAAGUUCUUUAUAGGUAGGAAUCUUGGCCCCGUUGAAACACGUGUAAAUCUAUGUUCUAAACAGUACACAGGUCUCUGAAGAAAUCACACAGUUCACAGUAUACAAUUGUGUAUCGUCGUUGGCAUACGGUAAAACGUGAGGCAUUGAUGGAAGAUACAGGAGACAAGAGGUUACAGAUGGUCCAUCCAUAGAAAGUGGAAUUAAAACAAAAAAAGAAAGUAUGUUGUGAAAAGGGGGCUCUCAGGCAGAGGUUAUUCCCAUCCGGAAGAAAGUUUCUACCUGGCAGAAGAUCGUAUGUUCUGUACGUUUUGAUUGUACAGACCCCAUGUAUAUACAAGGCAGUAGAUGGUACGAUCUGUACACUCAAAUGGUACGGACCCCAUGUUUAGUGUAUUUUCAAAACAUACAAAGGUAAAGAGCUACAGAAUGCAGAACUAAUAUUACUAAUGCUACUACAAAACGACACCCUUUGUUGCGUCUCAUCUGCCGUCCACAAAUAAAGGUAUUGUUGGUAUAACCGAAGUGCUUACUUUAACCAUCAGAAACAGAA